AUAAGUUAGUGUUUUUCAACGAACAAAAAGUCGAAACUGUGCAGUCAAUUUUCAAAACUUUCUCAUUCAUAAAAUUUUAAAUAGCAACACACACAAUUAAUGCAAUAAAAUAAUCAUUCUUCCUUAAAACCUAUUAAAAAUAUCACUGAACUUGUACCUACUAUUCUAUUCUUCAACUUAAUAACGUUCGCAAACGAAAAGGAAUCCAGACAAAAAAAAAAAACAAUAAUAUUGAUGAAUUGCAAAUUAUUUUAAUAGUAAAUAAUUAUAAACAUUCAAAAUACUCGUACUCAACAUCUCUCAGGAAGCAAUAAAUAAUAUACAUAGAUACAUAAAUAUUCUUUAUCAUCCAGUUAACUUGAAAGCACUAUAAAAUAUCAAAAAUUAGCAACACUAUUUUUUCAAAUAUUAAAAAAAAAAAAUAUUAAAUAAAAGAAUAUGACGCCAGAAAAGACAUUUUGGGCCUAUUGGAAUCACUUAAUCAUGAGCAAUAUGACAUAUUUUUUUGACGAAAUCGAUGGAUACUUGAAUUAUUUUGGAGGAACUGCAGGAGCAUUAACGUUAACAGGAAUUGCAGCUGCAUCCGUGUAUUAUUUUGCUUCGCGGCCCAUUCCAGAGAAACCGUUAGUGCCUCUUCAUAAGCAAUCACCUAUUCUAGAGGGUCCUGAUCAAAUUCACGUUUCGAAAUUCUAUAAAGAAUCAAAAAACGGCAAAUUCGUAAGUUAUAUUACGGAAAAUGUUCGAACUCUUUAUCAGACUUUCCGCGAGGGAGCAUACGCAUCAAACAAUGGGCCAUGUCUUGGAUGGCGCGAAACACUAUCAUCACCUUAUCAGUGGAUGAAUUAUGACGAAGCUCUAUUGCGAGCCAAAAACUUCGGUUCCGGGAUGAUCUCAUUAGGCAUUAAACCAAAACAACUAAUUGGUAUUUACUCAUUGAAUCGUCCCGAAUGGAUACUUUUCGAGCAGGGAUGUUAUUCGUACUCGCUGGUGGUAGUUCCUUUAUAUGAUACCCUUGGACCAGAUGCAUGUGCUUUUAUUAUCCGUCAAACAGAAAUGCAAAUUAUAGUUGUAGAAGACGAUGCCAAGGCAAAUAUGUUAUUAGAAAAGGCUCCGAGAGCUAUGAAAAUAUUGGUAGCUAUUAAGGCUGUCAAACAAAAGACUAUGGAACGAGCUAGAAGUCGUGGUGUUCAGAUACUUACAUUCGAUGAAGUUGAGAAAUUAGGUGCAAAAGGCGGUCAUUUGGAAGUGCCACCAGCACCCGAAGAUCUAUGCACAAUUUGUUAUACAUCGGGUACAACGGGAAAUCCAAAAGGUGUUAUGUUGACACAUGGAAAUGUUGUGGCUGGAGUGUGUUCAGUAAUAUUGCAACUUGGUGAUCACAAAAUCCGAGCUGGAGAUGUCAUGAUUUCAUUCUUGCCACUUGCCCACAUGUUCGAAAGGUGCUGUGAAAAUGGAAUCUAUUAUGUUGGUGGAGCUGUUGGAUUCUAUUCGGGUGAUAUAAGAGAAUUAACGAAUGAUCUGAAAGCCUUGAAGCCAACAGUUAUGCCUGCGGUUCCAAGACUUCUUAACAGAGUUUAUGAUAAGAUUCAAGUGGAUCUAGCAAAUUCGUCAAUUAAGCGAACACUAUUUCGAAUGGCUUUGAAUUCCAAAGAAGCUGAAAUUCGCAGAGGAGUAAUGAGGAGGAAUGGAUUUUGGGAUAAGAUAGUUUUUAAAAAAGUUCACCAAGCUUUCGGAGGAAAUCUUCGAUUAAUGGUUGUCGGAUCAGCACCUUUAGCUGGAAAUGUACUGACGUUUAUACGUUGUGCCUUAGGAUGCCUCGUUGUAGAAGGCUAUGGCCAAACUGAAUGUACUGGAGCAAUAACUUUAACUGUUCAAGGUGAUUUUGUGCCGGAACAUGUUGGACCACCAGUUUCCUGUAAUGCUGUCAAACUUGUAGACGUUCCAGAAAUGGAGUAUUUCGCUAGCCAAAAUACUGGCGAAGUAUGUGUUCGAGGUUCCAAUGUAUUCCAUGGAUACUUUAAAGAUCCUCAAAAAACAAGUGAAGCAAUUGAUUCAGAAGGAUGGCAUCAUACUGGUGAUGUUGGUAAAUGGUUACCAAAUGGAACGCUGAAGAUAAUUGAUAGAAGAAAACAUAUAUUCAAAUUAAGCCAAGGAGAAUAUAUUGUGCCUGAGAAAAUUGAAAAUAUUUACACAACAAGUCAAUAUGUAAAUCAAGUAUUUGUUUAUGGUGAAAGUUUGAAGAGCUGUAUAGUUGCAGUAGUGGUUCCCGAUGUCGACGUUCUCAAAUCAUGGGCAAUAGAAAAUUCAGUCAAAGGCACCUUGUCAGUUUUAUGCAAUAAUCCAGACGUGAAGAAUCUUAUUAUGAGUGAUAUGAUUUCAUGGGGAAAACAAGGCGGACUAAAAUCUUUUGAACAGGUCAAAGAUAUCUAUCUACAUCCAGAUCCAUUUUCAGUUCAAAACGGAUUACUAACACCAACUUACAAAACAAAAAGGCCGCAACUUAAAAGUUAUUUCAAGCCCCAAUUAGAAGAUAUGUACAAGAAUUUGGACUAAAAAAACUUAUGCUUUAAAUAAAUUUAAACAAAAACAAAAGUAAAAUAAAAAAUCAUAAAACAAGAUAAUAAAAUUUCCUUUAUCUAGUAUUUUCAUAUUUAUUUAUUUUCAAUACUUAAUAAUAAUCUAUUUAAAUCAAUCAAUAAAAAUGGUUGUAAAUAAAAAUACUACAAAAAAAAAAUAUAUGAAACAAAACAAAAAAAAAGUCCAAGCUUAA